AUGGCUACUUCGGUGCACACUGUCUCCCCUACGGGGCCACACACCUGCACCGUUAUCUUCCUUCAUGGACGUGGUAGUAACGGUGGCGUUUUCUGCGAAGAGCUUUUCGAAAGUCAAGAAGGAUCAGGACAAUUUUUUGUCGACAUAUUUCCUGGCAUUAAAUGGGUAUUUCCUAGCGCUGCAGGAUUCUUUGAUAAGAGUGAAGACGAGUUCCAAUGGUUCGAUAUGUCAUCAGUUCAGCGGCCACAGGACAACAGCGAGAUACAAAAACCAGGAUUGUGGCGAAGCGUCGCGCAGGUUCUUCAAAUCAUCACGGAAGAAGCGGGUAUUGUUGGAAACCAAAAGCUGAUACUUGCGGGUAUGAGUCAGGGAUGUGCUACUGGUAUCUUUGCUCUACUAGCCUCUGGGUUGCGGGUUGGGGGAUUUGCAGGGCUGAAUGGAUGGCUGCCGCUGGCAGAGGAGGUACAGAGCGUCAUGAAUGUGCCUGGUCGAGAGCAAGAUGUGUUGAAGAUGCCAGUGCUGUUACAGCACUGCAAAGACGACGAUGUUGUACCCGUCGAACAUGGAAAUGAUCUUAGGAAACUGCUUGAAGAAUUAGGCAUGUGCGUCAGAUGGGAGUGCUUCGAUCAGGGUGGGCAUUGGCUCAAUGAGCCUCAAGGUAUGGACGGCCUGGUGGAGUUCAUCAAAUCGGUCUUAAGAGCUAUGUCAGCCAGGGAGAGAAAACAGCACUAA